UACCGGUGAGGCAGGCAGGCAGCGGCUGGCAGACAAAGGCGAGCAGAGGCGGCGUGGAGUUUUUUUCCCCCCUGCAGCAUUGACUCACGCGCUUACACACGCACCCGCUCCGACACACUCCCACUUGAGCACACUCUCCGUUCACUGCUACAAGCACCCACGCAGACUCUGUGGAGCUGGUCCACCCCCCUCCCACCGCACAUCUCUCUAAAGUACACCAACUCUCGCUCACCAUGGAGCUCGACUUUGCACACUUUGACGAGCGAGACAAGGCGUCCCGGACCCCGCGCGGCGGCCGCUUGAACGGACUCCCCAGCCCGACGCACAGCGCCCACUGCAGCUUCUACCGCACGCGCACCCUGCAAACCCUGAGCAACGAGAAGAAGGCCAAGAAGGUGCGCUUCUACCGCAACGGAGACCGCUACUUCAAGGGCAUCGUGUACGCCGUGGCAGCCGACAGAUUUCGCACCUUCGACGCGCUGCUGGCCGACCUGACUCGCUCGCUGGCCGACCACAUCAACUUGCCUCAGGGUGUCCGCUUUAUCUUCACCAUUGAUGGCGCCAGUAAGAUCUCGGCACUGGAUGAACUAGAAGAAGGGGAGAGCUACGUUUGCGCUUCAGAGAACUCCUUCAAGAAGGUCGACUACACGAAGAACGUCAACCCCAACUGGUCGGUGAAUGUCAAGGCCUCGGCCAACCAGAAGAGCAUUCAGUCGUUGGCGGCCCGCGCUGCCAGCGAGCCCAGGGAGCAAAGCAAAGACUUUGUUCGACCCAAGCUGGUGACGGUGAUGCGCAGCGGCGUCAAACCGCGCAAGGCCGUGCGCGUCCUGCUCAACAAGAAGACGGCGCACUCUUUCGAGCAGGUGCUCACCGACAUCACGGAGGCCAUCAAGCUUGAAAGCGGGGUGGUCAAAAGGAUCUACACGCUGGAUGGCAAGCAGGUUACUUGCCUUCAAGACUUCUUUGGGGACGAUGACGUCUUCAUUGCAUGCGGACCUGAGAAAUUCCGCUACGCCCAGGAUGACUUCUCUCUGGAUGAGAAUGAGUGCAGGGUGAUGAAGAAUCAGAAAGCUCAUCGUAGUUUGAUCAAGAGUCCCGGAUCGGUCAAACGCUGCAAGUCCCCUGCUGAAUCAACCAACGGGACGGGCUCCAGCAGCCAAAUUUCCACCCCGGUCUCAAAGCACUCCCCCACCUCCACCCCUACCAGUCCUGCACUUGGCACCCAGCAGAAGGACCUCUACCUGCCCCUAUCUCUGGAUGACGAUGAUUCUGUCGGGGAGUCCAUGUAGACACUAAACUCCCCCAAACCCACGUAGCUUUCCAGCUCUUCUUGAGUGCCACCUUAUGGUCUGGCAGAUCCACUGAUGUGGCAACUAGAAUUCCUUUGCUGCUUGAGAACACACACACACACUUUUUUCUUUUUAAUUUAUUUUUCAAAUCAAUUUGUUCACCACCAAAAUAUUCCUCUCACCAUGACACCCGUAUAGUUUUCACUUUGUUUUUUGAGGACACCUGUCACUCCAAUCACAAAAUCCCGAGCAGCAAAAUGGGUGAUUUUUGAGGUCAAAUAUGAAUUUUUGUAAGACUUUCUAUCUGUGACGUCCUCACCUUGUUAGGGCAUACAACCUCCCCCACCCAAGGAAGGUCCAGUGUUCUGAACCUGCUGUAAAUACUGUGCAUAGUUCUGCUAACCGUUUGUUUUUCCCGUUACCAUUGCUGUGCUUCCAUAACAUUUGCUCAACUUUUUCAGUCUGGAGUCAAAGUAAAAGAGGAACUCUUGGGGUAAAUGUGUGGAAAGAUAUCCUGUAAAGAUCAAUAAUGGCAAUAACUUCAAAGACAUUGGGGGGGCAUUGCACACAUUCCUCAGCUGAUGCUUCUUUUAAAUUGGCUCCAUACAUACAGUAGCAGGCUAUACCUGGUGACAUCAUAUACUUUCUGUGUUGUACAUACUGCAUUGCAUGAUUCUGGUGAAUUACUUUAAAGCUUUAGGUGCAAAAAAAAUGCUGAUCUGAAGGACCUAAUGAUGCAUAAGAUUGACCAAAGUUCAACUUGUUAAAUUAGGCCAAUCAGCAGUGUUUUAGAAACGUUUUCAUAAGUCACAGAUAAAUGAGUAAAGGUCACAAAGCCAAAGUGUGGCAGGAUUUAUUUAAAAAUAAAUUCUGGAGAAACACACGGUGAUGUAAGCAUGUUUCUCCAAAGGCUCGCCAUAAUACAUGUUGCUUUUAAUAUCUUAUAAAGUUUAAUUUAUAUAUGAAGGGGUACCUGUCUUGAAUUUUUUCUCUACCUUUAACAAUGUGAGCUACGAGCGCUAGUACUUUUUUUUUUCAAGGCUCCAUGUGCAGCUCUUUUUAAAUAUAAUAGAGGUAUGUGUGUAUUUUUCUGAAGAGUUUUCUCAGGUUUUGCAGGCAAUCAAGCCUGAGACUCUUUUGAUUCAAUUGGAUGACACUGAAGCACAACCAGCUGCAGGCACUUUGAAUGUCUGCAUGGCACCAUUCCAAUGCAGGACCCCCCCCCCCCACGUGCUGCUUGUGUAGUAUCAUACCCCCGUUCAACACGUCUAUGCAUUUGGGUUUCAGGAAUAGUAAUGAAAUAUCCAUGCCGUUUGGCUAUGACGUCAUGAAAGUGGCAACAAGUUUAUACACACACGAAAAGCAGUUUUAAUCAUUUAUUUGAUAUCCUUCUAGUGUGGAGAAAUGCCAUAAAAUAGUGACAAAAAUGUCAUUAUGUUCUGCUAGUCAUGCUACUUGUGUGAUAGUCAACAAAAACUCGCAACAGUUUGCCAUCCGGCCAUCACUAAAUGCGCCUGUUAUUGCAAUCGUUUUCCAAUAGAGGGCGCUCUCAAGCAAGUUUUUGCUCGCCUUUUUAUGUAUCUCGUUUGUCCUCCUGCUUCAUUUCUACAGCAUACAAAACAAAACGUCUGUCUUGUGUAAACUGUCCUCCGCGACAUGGGAUGGCCAGUGCGGUUUCACCAUCCCCAACAUUGGUGCCUUGUUUUUGAUCAAAACAAGAAGUGCGCAAUCUUACUUGCUCUUUUUAACCACUUUUCCAAAUGAGGCCUACCCACAACGCUUGUUUUGUAGAUUUAGACACUCUAUCAUGGUGUAAAUACCCUGCCUCCCGUGCUUUUUUUAAUAUUCCACCUUUGCCUUUUCUCGUUAAAUAAAUGGUCUUUCUUUGGGAUUUAGAAAUGAUUUUUUUGGUGGUAUUUUGUCAAACAGUGGCUUGUUUCAGUGCUUCAUUCAAUGUAAUAAUUGACAUCAUUUUGCAAUUAAAAUAUUUGUACAAGUA